AUGCAUCUAAAUAACAAAGAAACUAAAACGGCCACCUCCAGGAAAAGGCCUUUACCGUACGAGCAACUUGUCGUAGAUACCGCAAAUGAUUCUUUCGACGAGGAUGGCGAUGUUUUCUGUACAAAAAAACCUAACCUCUCCGAUUCUCCCGCAAAAGGAUUAGCUCAUGACAUCAGUAAAAAAAGAUCACCUAAAAUCCUUGUGGAGAAGGACAUCAACCAAGCGAGUGAAAAUAAUACUAAUUCUGUACCACAUUCGACAAAACUUACUCAGCAUUCAAGCGUUAAAGAAAACUUUAUUUUUGAUAACAAUGACGUCGUCAGUCAUCGUAGUUCGAAACUAGGCUAUUUAGAAAAGGGGGAUCGUGAAGGGUCAAAUGAUUCGUUCGAUAUACCUCUUACUUUUACAAGUGCUAAAAACGAUGUGUCAGACGCGGACUCUUUUGACGAGUUAUGUGGAGAUUCGCCUGAAGUAAAAUACAAAGAAAUUUUCAGUGGUGUUGAUGGUUUCCCUUCCUUGAACGACUCAAGACUUAAAAAGAAGUUCAUAAUUAAAGAAAUAAGUCAUGACGAUUACACUCUAACCUUAACCUGUACUGACAACAAAGAUGUUGAAUGUGUUGUGUAUCUCCAGGGAAUAUGGUCUGAAACAAAAGUGGAAGUUGGAAUGGCUAUAGGAAUCAUCGGAGGGAAGUUAUGGGGAGGAAGUGAUUGGCUGGUCAAUGAUGAAGAGGGACUUGCCAUUGCAAAUCCUGAUGUGCUUGUUCCAUGUACGUCUAUAGCUAGCUCGUCCUGGUGUACUAGAAAAGUAAUCAUUAAUGAUCGCUUCAAAAUGAGCAUCGAACCUAACAAGGCAAUGCUUAUUGGUUGUAUCAUGCACGAGCUUUUUCAAGUUGCUAUUCAAUGUCCUAAUCCUGCCCAAAUCACACAUGAAUGGAUUUUUAGUCGUUGGAGGAAUGAUAUUUCCAGUAAUGUGAUGGAAUCUUUCGUAGCUCUGACUUUCUCACCCCGCGGGUUUGAGGCAGAGUUGAAACCAUACGCGGAAGUAAUCGUUACCUGGGUGAGAAAUCAUAUUCCAAACAAGGGAAAAGUCUUCAGCAAGGCUUUGAAAAUGCCCACAGGAAAUUCUAUUGAAGAAGUUCAUGAUAUUGAAGAAAACGUCUGGGAACCUCUUCUGGGGAUUAAAGGAAAAAUCGAUGCCACUUUACUAACAACUAACAAAGGUGUAGAGAGUUUGUUGGAACCGCUCGAGUUGAAGACAGGAAAGAGCAAGCAGUCUUUCGAACACAGUAGUCAAGUACUACUGUAUUGUAUGAUGUUAUCCAUCAGGUACAAUCAGCCUAUUCGCUCGGGCUCAUUGUUGUAUUUGAAGGACGGAGUAACUAGGACUGUUACUCCAAAAGCGUUAGAUUUGAAAGGCAUCUUGAAGCAGAGAAAUGAUUUGGCCUUUUACUUCGCUAAGAAAGAUCUUUCCUUCCCAGAACCGAGGAAUGAUCCUCAUUUUUGUGGAAAAUGUGAUCAAGCCCUAACUUGCUCUCUCUUACAGGUUGGAUAUAAAAGUCCAGCUUCAGAUGCUUUUAAAAGCUUCGCUGAAGGUUAUUUGAAUCAUCUCAAUGAAUCUGAGAUAAAAUACUUUCAAAAAUGGAUUGGGCUCAUCAACUUGGAAUGGAAUAGAGAAAUCAAAUCUCUUCGAAAGCUCUCUAGUUUGUGGAAUGAAGACCCCGAUACGAGAGAAUCGAAAGGUUUUUGCGCGGCUCAUAUGAAGUUUGAAGGAGCUGUGAAGAAGGAUUCUUAUUACUUACUCAAGUUUGAACGUCCGGUGAAUAUCCCUGAAGGAGUCUUUCAACCUAGCGUAAUGUGCACCGUUUCGAGUGAUACACACAGUGGAAUUCUAUUGAGUGCUAUUUUUGCGAGUGACUGUAACUCUAUAACAAUACGCUAUGAAAGCUCUCCGAAAAUUAUGAAGUGUGGCAAAUUGUAUCAUAUUGAUGUGUAUAACAGCUUUUCAACCUACGUAACAACUACAGGAAAUGUUUCUAAUCUGAUGGGAUCAGAUGAGCUGAGUACGAAACACAGAAAAUCAAUAGUUCGAUUAGAACCUCCUCAAAAAGUGGAAAGUGAUAGAAAGAAUCUCCCUUUAGCUGUUCAACACAUUCUGAGGACUUCUAGUGUGAACAAAGAGCAGGAGAAAGCAAUCAUUUCCUCUCUAUGUGUGUCAGAUUAUUCUCUGAUUGAGGGGUUGCCUGGCACAGGAAAAACUUGUACCAUUGCGGUACUUGUUCGGUGUCUUGUGGCUUCAGGAAAAUCUGUGUUGAUAACCUCCUUUACCAACUCUGCUGUUGAUAACAUUCUAGUCAAACUUGCUGAAACAAUUUCUGAAGAAAAGCUUCUCCGACUGGGUAAUGAGAAUGCCAUGCGCCCAGAAGUUAAGAGACUCGCAUUAGGACAGAAGAUUAGGUCGGAAAAUUGUGAAGAUGUAUAUAAAGAGAUGCGAUCCAUACUGAAAGAGACUCCAGUUGUUUGUUGUACUUGUCAUAACACUUCCAGAGAUGUCUUGUUUUCUUGGAGAAAGUUCGACAUUUGCAUUGUGGAUGAAGCCUCUAUGGUUCUUGAACCUGUCAUGCUCAGUGCUUUGGCAACUACUUCAAAGUUCGUUCUUGUCGGAGAUGCAAACCAGCUCAGCCCUCUAGUUCAAGAUAAGGAAGCAAGAGAAGGAGGGAUGGGCGUAUCUCUGUUCGAGAAGCUUUCGCAGUUCAAGCAAUGUGUGACAUCUCUCGUUUCCCAGUAUCGCAUGAAUGAGCAAAUAUCACGGGUAUCAUCAGAAUUAUUCUAUGAUAGCAGGAUGAUUUGUGUGAGUGAAAAAGUGAAGACAGCUACCAUCAAGCCUAGUGCGAAAGAAGUGAGCUCAGCUUGGGAGACUUUAGUUUUAUCCUCGAAAAUAGAUGACUCCUGUGUUUUCAUCGAUACGGAUUCAGAGAACAAUCAAGCGUGUAGUUUGACAUCCAAAGUUGGUAGCAACGUUCAGAACAAAGGAGAAGCUAUAAUUGUCGAUAAACUUGUGAAAAUUUUGAUAGAGAGAGGUAUUCAGCCUGAAGAUAUCGGAGUGAUGUGUCUGUAUAGAAAGCAAGUGGAUUAUAUGCGUCAAAUAUUGGAUUGUCCUAGCAUUGAAGUAAACACUGUUGACCAGUAUCAAGGAAGAGAUAAAUCUGUCAUCAUAUGGUCUCUAGUGUGGACGAAAAAUUCAGGAAAGAAGUGCGAAUUACUAACUGAUCAUAGAAGAGUCAAUGUGGCUUUAACUCGUGCAAAGCAUAAGAUGAUAGUUGUUGGCUGUAGCAAAAACAGUGAAGUGGAUAAUAGACUUUUCAAGCUCAACAACUUCAAUUUGAUACAUGGUGCUGUGCUCAUCACAAUUUUAGCUGUUGUGGCGAUGAUUCUAGUUGGAUUCAGCAUCUAUUCCUGCCAGAAGCAUAAACUUUCGGGAACAUCCAGCGAUGGAACUCGCAGCUCAACUAAGAGCUCGCCCGCAACAAAAACAAAAGGAAGUUCCAGUGAAGAUUCUUUGAAAUUAGGCUCCAAACGAAACACUAAGAAUUUAAACAAAUUCCCUAUAGGAGAUUUAGAUGUUUCGCAGCCUCUAAAGCCUCAAGAAAACGAGGAGCCAGUUUUAGAUUCUUAUUUCGCAUAA